AUGAGUCUGAUGGCGAUUGUCAAGUUGGGAUACACCCUUGUGGUGGUCACAUUCCUGUUAAUGAUAUGGGCGUCACUAUCGCGAGCAUUAGAAUUACACGUCGAUACUGGUCACCCACCAUGCUUGUUCCAAGCUCUUUGCACGUGUUCAAAACCUGCAGGAGAUCUAGGCAUCGUUACGUGUAACUACGUGCCCAUACUGCGGGUACCGGCAGCAGUGAAUAGCUCUAAAGUCUUCACGCUUCAGCUCACUGGAAAUAAGAUUAGAGAUCUUGAACCCCACUUCUUUCAAGCAACCGGUAUGUACAGACUGGCUAUAAACCAGAAUCCACUUGAGAGUAUACAAGAUGAAGCAUUUUAUGGACUAGACAAUACUCUGUGGGAGUUGGAACUAAAGCAGGACAGAUUGACGGCAGUCCCCAGCCGAGCUUUGAGGUACCUCCAAAAGCUACGUCUGCUUGAUUUAACGGGCAAUGAAAUAACAGAUGUUACGGGGGACAAUUGGCUUGGCCUUGAGAACUCGCUGCAAACCCUCGUCCUAGCAGAGAACUCCAUAGCUAGCCUACCUUUAGAUGCAUUCUCUGGAUUACUCAACUUAGAAACUUUGGACUUGCACGGCAACCACCUAUCUGUGAUCGACAGUGGCGUCUUCAGAGAUGGUAUGAGCAGACUAAGUAAGCUUCUCCUUGGAGACAAUCAGCUCACGUUGAUCCCUUACGAGGAGCUGUCACCACUACGCCAAUUGCGUUAUUUGGACCUAUCUAACAAUUUGAUUAAGCAAGUACCGCCUGCACAUGAAUUGAACGGCGUCAGGCUUUCUUUGGACUAUUUAAAAUUGGAUCAAAAUAAUAUUCGUGUAUUAUUACCAGGGUCAUUCAAUUACUUUAACAUCUUAAACACAACAACUUUAAAUGGCAACCCCAUAUACACAAUAAGAGAAGACGCAUUCCGCAAUGCAAAAAUCAGGACACUGUCUCUCAGAGAUUGUGGUGUCACAGAGUUAUCGCCCGCGUCCUUCGCCGGCCUCGAGAACAGCCUGCAGAGCUUGGAUCUAUCUGAAAACAACUUGACUAUGAUAUCGAAGUUUAUGCUCAAUAAGUUGGACUCGUUAAGAUUCUUGAACCUUAGGGAAAAUAAGGUGGAUACAAAUUUGCUUUCAUCUAACAGUCCAUCUGAAUACGGUAUGCAAGUCACGAACAGCUUUCAAUACAAGUUGUUCUUUUUGGACAUUAGCGGUUCCUCGUCUCUCGAAAUGACUUUGCAAGAUGUUAGAAGAAUGCGAUCUCUCCGAUUCCUAUCGGUCAGUAAAUUGAUCAAACGAAGUAUAAGCACAGAUGAUUUUGUUGAUUUUGGUGUAGAAUUAGAAGAUUUGAAAAUUAUUGGUAGUAACAUAAACAGAAUAGAAUCGAGUGCCUUCCAACAUGUCCGGACUAUCAAAACAUUGGAUCUAUCGGAAAAUAAUAUCGAUUAUAUCGAUCCAUUUGCGUUUGCAGAGUUACAUAGUUUAACAUCAUUGAAAAUGGCAAACGGUUUGGAAGACUCUGUAAAAAUAUUGCCGUUUGAACCUUUAAAGGCUCUCAUAGAGUUGGAGAAUUUGGAUUUAAGUAAUAAUAAACUGAAGAACGUUCCAGAUACGUCAUUCCACUUCAUGUAUAAACUAAAGAGAUUGAAUUUGCAAGAUAAUUUGAUUGAUCAAUUUUCUAAAGGCACUUUACAGGGUGACAUUCAUCGUCAGUUAGAAAGUGUAUGCUUAUCGCUUAAUCAGAUGCAAAGGAUAGAUCAACACACAUUUGUAAACUUACUAGAAGUACAGGAGAUACUUAUUGAAGACAAUUUAAUAGAGACUGUACACAGACGAUCGUUCGCGAGCUUAGAUAACUUAAAAGUGAUUCGGUUGAGAGGAAAUAUUAUCACUGUUAUUAGUGAAGAAGCUUUCCAGAACCUGCCAGCACUUAAAGAGUUAGAUAUAUCAUUUAAUCAGUUGGAAACGUUUAAAUUUUCUAUCUUUGAUCAAGUUGGAUCUGCUACGGCUUUAAAAGUCAACGUUUCGUACAACAGAAUUAUUUCUCUUGCGGACUCCAAUGCACCAAGUUUCUUCUCGUCGAAUUUCUAUCCACCACCUAAAGCUCAGAGAUUAGAAUCUGAGGAUGCCAGUCCUCUACGUAUAGAAAGAGGUCUCGGAACUGUAUCAGUAAAUAUUCGAGUUUUGGAUUUUUCACAUAACAACAUAUCAUACAUAGCGCCAUAUUACUUCAGACAUGCGGAACUAACACUAUCGGAGCUGGACUUAUCACAUAAUCUUAUACGAAAUGUAACACGGGAGGUCUUCGGUUCGAUGCUUAUGUUACAAUAUCUAGAUUUGUCACACAACCAAAUAUUCCAUAUGGAGUACGACUGUUUUAAGAAAGUUAAGAAUUUGCAGAUUAUAGAUUUAUCUCACAAUUAUCUCAUAGAGCUGCCAGUCGAAGUGUUCCAUGACAUGCAAGCUCUUACAUCCGUCGAUCUCUCGGAUAACAAUAUUAAGAACUUAGCAGACAACCUUAUUAUAUCUCCAGCUUUGGAAAGGUUAGACCUAUCCGACAAUGACCUAUCCAGGAUCCCAACAAACUGCCUAUCACCGGCGGCAGCUAUCAAUUUAGUUGAAUUGGAUUUAAGCGGCAAUACGAUACCCAAUGUCGCCAUAGCUGAUUUAGUUCAAAGGUUUAGACACGAACCGAGCGAGUACUGGCUGGAGGAGCCCGACUACAGCGACGAGUACAUGUACCACACAGCUAGACGAGACCACCCGCGCGUGUUGCACAGAAAGAUACAGUACCCGCAGAAUGUGUUGUACAAGUCGCUUGCCUGGUUGGACCUAUCGGACAACCACUUGGUUAGAGUCGAAAGCGGUUCGUUCACGGCCUUACCAAAGCUCCUUUGGUUAGACUUAAGUAUGAACACGCCGUUCAACACUGGUGAACGAAGUGGUGGUAUCUUCAAAGGCUUAGAAAGACGUUUGUUGCAUCUAGGACUGAAGAAUGUUAGUUUGACUGCAGUUCCAUCGAUGCCCUUACCAAAGCUGAAGAGUUUAGAUUUGUCCUAUAACAAUUUACCAUCUAUACCAACCGACACGACGGCAAAUCUCACACGUCUUCGAUCUUUGGAUCUUUCUUACAAUGAUUUGACUAAUGUACCUGUUGCCACGCAUUCACUAAGUGACCUUCGUUGGCUUUCGUUAUCUGGGAACCCGAUAACGGCUCUGAUGAACACCAGUAUGUAUGGAGUAUCACCACGACUUGAGUAUCUUGAUAUUACACAUUUGCGACUGAGUAUUCUAGAGCACGGGGCCUUCAGUAAGAUGUACGGAUUACGAACGCUAAAAAUUUCAGUCAAUGGAAAUGUUAGAGACUUUAACUUACCAAAAAUACUUACCCAAAAUGCCGCAUUGGAGAAUCUUUAUAUACAAGUUGAUAAUAACCAAGUUGAUCUAAGCAAAGAAAUGAACGGUUAUUUGCCUUCGAAAUUAAACAAUCUCACUAUAACUGGUAGGGCUUUAAGAGCCCUCUCUCAAAAAGUGCUAAGUGGUGUGACAUGUCAAAAUUUCCAACUAACGAUCUACAAUACGAGCAUCCAGGAGAUAAUGGGUGAAGUAUUUUGGAAACCUGGUCGUAUAAGGAAUUUGACGUUAGAUUUGAGACAUAAUCAAAUAUCUAGGGUACCUAACCCAGGUAAACACGAAUGGCCUGGGGUACCUAACUCAGUGUUUCUACAAGAUAUUUAUGUGUCGGGAAAUCCUUUACAAUGCGACUGUAGUAUUGGUUGGGUUCAAGCUUGGGACAGAAAGAGAAGACAGUAUUUAUGCGACGGUCCAUCUGAAUGUAUAGCGACGAGAGAUGAUCUCAGAUUUGCAAAGUGUCCAUCUCAUUAUAACAGAACUUUCAGUGAUGUUAUUGCUAAAGAUUUGGACUGCAGCUGGAGCAAGGGGUUCUUUAGAUCCCCAAAUUUCUACAUCGUAAUACUAAUGUCUAUACUUACAUACUUUUACAUA